AACGAGCAAUGACAGUGAGAAAGAUCCUACAGGAAAUCAUCGAGAAGCACCCCAGGUUUCACAACAUUACCCCCCUGAAAACAAAGCACGUGGUGCACUGGUGUCGAUGCCAUGGCUACACUCCACCCGACCCAGAGACCUUACGGAAUGAUGAGGACUCGAUUGAAGACGUGCUGACACAGAUAGACAGUGAGCCAGAAUGCCCUUCAUCUUACAGCAGUGGUGAGGAGCUGUGCCGAAAACUAGAGGAACUACAGCAAUUUCUGAAACGAGAACCAGAACAUGAAGAGGAAGUAGAUAUUCUCAACUUUAGCGAGCCAUUAAAAAUAAACAUUAAAAAAGAGCAGGAGGAGAAACAAGAGGAGGUGAAGUUCUACUUGGCUUCCUUGCCUGCAUCAGAGUUUGUGAGGGACGCUGCAGAGAAGAUAGGGAUUUCUUUUCAGCCUGCUGAGGUACAAAAGAAUGUUUAUGCAUCAGUAAUAGAAGAUAUGAUUUUAAAGGCCACUGAACAGCUGAUGAGUGACAUCCUACGGCAGGCACUGGCUGUGGCGUACCAGACAGCUCCUCACAACAGGACUCCAAGGGAGAUCACAGUGAUGAAUAUUCACAAAGCCAUCUGUAAUAUUCCCUUUCUUGACUUCCUCACAAACAAACAUAUGAAGAUACUAAAUGAGGAACAAUGAAAUAGAGCGGAGAAGAUGCUACAGGAAAGGUGGAUUUAUGACUGAAGUUGGGUUGACAAAUCCAGUAUUUCUGUAGGACACUAUUAUAUACAUUUAUAACAUUGGGCUACUAGAUUGUUACCUCCAAUUAAAGAUGCACCUUAAUGCAACAAAAUGAUGCUCUGUUCCAAAUCAAGUUGUUAAAUGUCAGUGUUUACUUGGUAAGUGUAUGUUCAGUGGCUGAACAAACAUUGUCAGUUUGCAUCGAGUUGCUAGCUGUGAGAGACUCCACAGGCCUGGUCCCUCUGAGACAGCUGUAUUGAAGAGAUGGAACUUUUUUUUUUUUUAAGAAAAGAAAUGAUGCUUUUUGACGCAGUCUACAUAUGAGUUGGUUUCCCCAUGCAGUGGGCAGAACAGUUGCUUUGGCUCUCUGGACACGAGAAAGUCAAAGGCAGCUUUCAGAUGUGGGUGAUUUCAGUAGAUGGGUGGGUUGGUUGCUUAGGUUUGGGUGUCGGGGAGCAGAAGGUUGAUGGCUGCAACAAAUUCUGCCAGUCCUGCUUGGGCAUGAUGUCUGUGACUGAGAACACAGCUGGGUAGGUUUAUCAUUAGCUUAUUCAGCUUAGUGUCACUUUAACAAAUUCCUUGCCUCACUAGAGGAGGUGUCAUAUGCCACCUUAGUCACCUCAGAAAGGGUAGACUGGCACCUGCCCAGUCAAGAUGAACAAACAGUGGUCAGACUUGGUAAGACUUGACUGACUGCUUGUCCUGCAUGGGAAAGGAGAGGAGCAAGGACAGUUUGUGGGCUUGGACUGGCUGAAACCCUUUGCUUGCCCAGCAAGGGCUUCCCCAGGCUGCCAGAAGGUUUGGGGUGUGCUGGAGGGCAGGUGGCCAGUUGUUUUACAAGUCUUAACGUUUUGACGGCGUUCACUAACGAUCAGCUUGGAUUGUGAAGUGCUGUAGGAACAGCGUCACUUUGGCUUAAGUUCUGCUCAACAGAGGGGCCUGAUGGCACCGAAAAAUCGAAGAUUUGCCACUUGUGGGGAACUCCUCUGAUGUCUUGACUGCAGGAAGAAGUUCUGCUACUAACCCCAGCACUUACCUGUCUCAGGAACAUCACUGGUGUGGGAGACACAUCUGCAGCCUGGCUGACAACACCUCGCUGAAGAAGGCUUUGCUGACAACAUUCUGACCACCCAACAUCCACCACCCCUUUGUCCUGCCCCAUGGGUGCUUGUUAGUAGUGUGAAUAAGCCAUUGUAAAGUUGGUGAGAUUCCUGUUGGACUGUCGUGCUUUCAGGGUGCUUGUUUUGUGAGGCAGUGCUGUCAUGUGGGUGAAGCAUGGGUCAAACAGCCAGAACCUCCAAUGUGCUGGUCUCAGCUGGGUCUCUGAUCUGAGCUGGGUCUCUGAUCUGCUGCAUGGCCUUUGAUUUAAUCACUCUGUGCCUCAGUUUCCCCAUCUCUGAGCAUGGGGAGCAGGAUACCUACCUCACAGGGGUGUACUGAGGCCUCGCUCUUGUUGGUGCCGUGCUUUGACAAUACAAAGCCUUUUGUAAACAUUAAUCUACAGUUAUCUUUCCUGGCCUGGGAUAGGAACAGAAAUCUUCAAAAUGUUAUCUUUUGGUGCUUUUUGGGGCUAGAAGACGGGUGAUGGUAACUCCAGUAGUGUGCAGGAGAGGGUUCAAUGAGAGAGUGGUUUCAGGCUUCCAAGGAGAAUACCAUAGGUUUGAUGCAGUUUGUAAACUGAAGAAGGUACUGUGUACCUCGGAUGAGGUGCUGCCUGUCUUCUCCACCUUAAAUAAAUCUGGGGUCUGCAGAUAAACCCCUCUCAGUUCAUCAGGGAGUGACAGUUUGCUUGUGUAAGAGUGGCAGAACCUGGCCCUUGAAUCCAGGAAACGGGACCAAUGGAUGGAACCCCAGCAGCAGCCAGAGAAGGACUUAAAUGCCCCCUAGAAAGGGCGUUUCGGGUGCUCUGGAUUCAGAAGAUAAUCUUGGCUUGUUGGGGUGAGCUGAGUGCAGGAUUGCCUGCACAAGUAAAGUGCACAGCUUAGCCCUGACGUUAGUUUUGCAGCUGAGGUCAGUGUGGGAAGGAGCCAAGCAGCAGUGAUGGUGUUUGAGCUCAGUGUCAGGAGUCAGGAAGGAAUCCUGGUGGCUGGGGAACUGCAGGCCCCACGCUUUGUUUGUAGGCUGUGGUGAACUCAGCGUCCAUGCUGCUUUCAGGCACCCCUGUGCACAGCUUCUACAAAAGAGAAGGGUGUUUUCCAGCUCUCUGUGACUAUUGCUAUGACAGCCUGCAGGUUGUGUGGGCGCAGCCUUUUGGGCAAACUUCAGUCGUGCUGUGAUCUUCUGCAAUGACACACGCAUUUCCAGCCCUCGGCUCCUGUGGGCUUUGUUUCUGGGAUGUUGGUAACUCCCAGAACAGCUCUUGAGGAUGCGGGAGCUCAUCUUUGGGCAUCUGUUUGCAAAUUGUGGCUUCCUUGCCCGUGUCCUGCUUUUCUAUGAGGAGUGGAGUUUCAGAAUGAGUCCUGAGCCUGGCCCUGAAGCAGGCAGAUAAAUUCCCCCUGUUCUUAAUGGGGUUCUUGCAGUGGAGAUCUGUUGCUACAUUUCUGAGCAACCACAGGUUAUUCUCCUAGGAGAUGCUAUAUUAAUAACAUAUAAAGUUUGCUGAAGAAAAAAUAACUGUUAAAAGCGGAUAGAAAAUAACACAUUUGUUUAGUCCUUCAGAUGUAGGAAAUGUUUGCAACAAGUUCUUUGAGUUUUGAAAAGUGGUGGGAGAUAAAUUUGUUGGCGAGAGGUUCCUGUGGGAAUUGCUUGGAGAUGAGUUUGAGGCUGUGGAAUUUCAUCCACCCGUUCAGGCGAGUGCGGAACGCUACAGGUGAUACGGUGUGGGGAAAUGUUACGGUAUGUUUCUCUGGCUUUCUAAAGAGUCUUGAUAUGAGUUAAAGAUCUCUUUACAAGUAUCGCCCCUAUUUGUAAUGCUGAGUGUUUAAAUCCUUCAUGUUAUCUGUAUUAUACUGUAUAAUUGUGUAAGAUACGUAUGUUUACAAUAAAUUCUUUUAUUAGCUGUGA